ACAUAUAUGUGGGGUUUCUAGAGUUGUAUAAUGGUUCUUCUGCGCAGUGUUGGGCUUCUGGCUCUGCUGGUGUCGGUCCAGUGUCUGAGCCGGGAGCAGCUCUUCGAUUACGGGAACCGGUCUGGCGACCAGAUUCUGGAUUCUGGAACCGAUUCGGUUCGAGAGCUCGCGCUGGAGCAAACGCUCUUCUUCUUCAAAGGAAAGUUCGACAAAGUUUACGUCGGCACCAAUGGCUUCAUAUCUCUGGCUGAACCCAUCGAUGAGUCUGAGUACCUGGGGAAGAUGCCGGCCAGUUUUGGUAUGAUUGCAGCUUUCCUGGGAGAUCUGGACACCACCGAUGGGGCUGGUCACGUCUAUUUCCGACAAGAUAAAAGCCCUGAUGUGCUCCAGAGAGCCGCAGAGCACAUUGGCCAAGCGUUUCCUUCUGAUGACGGGAUCGAACCCACUCACGCCAUCAUCGUCACCUGGGAGAAUGUGGCACCUCAGUCUGAACAAGGAAGGGUAAAUGAAUAUGAAUUCACGAGAAAUACUUUCCAGCUGGUUGUAGCAAACAUGGAGUCGGCGUCGUAUGCCAUCCUGCUGUAUCCGGAGGAGAGCAUGCAGUUCGGCUCCACUGUCAUUAAUGAUGAGGAUCAGCUGGUUGAAGUCGGCUUCAAUGAAGGGAGGGUGGCGGGUUGGUUCAGCUGGGCCUCCACUCAAGGAGCUUACUAUCGCAUCACUCAAGACAGCGAGGAGUCAAUAAGCGCUCUCGCACAGGAUACGAACUCGGGCCGGCCUGGCGUUUGGGUCUACGAGAUCGGCACGUCUCCGUUUUUCACCUCCAUCACACCUGGAGUGGUCACAGAGGUCUCAGAGGUCUCAGAGGUCACAGAGGUCACAGAGGUCACGACUGAGCAGACGAUGGUGGACACUCCGGUCCCUGAGCCGUCCGUCCCGUGGAUUCGACAGCCCUCUGAACCUCUGAAUGAAACCAGCAGCCCAGAGCCGUUCGCAGAGUCGUCGACGCCGGACGAGCCUCAGUAUCGUUACGUUAAUCCACGACCGAAGACGCCUCAACAACAACCUCAAAACCCGCAGGUGCUGAUCAUCGAUGAGGACGAGCUGAACGUGGACGUGUUUUCUUAUAAUUACGAGACGUGCUCCAGUAAUAAGCACAAGUGCUCUGUGUUCGCCGACUGCAGAGAUUACGCUGCUGGAUACUGCUGUCACUGCAAACCUGGUUACUACGGCAACGGCAAGGAUUGUGUCGCCGAAGGCAAGCCUCAGAGGAUGAACGGGAAGGUCAACGGCAGGGUUUAUGUCGGUGAUUCUCCGUCUCCUGUGGAGUUUUCUAACAAUGACCUGCACUCGUAUGCGGUGACUAACGACGGUCGGGCGUAUAUCGCCAUCAGCAGCAUCCCGUCGAGCGUCGGCCCGUCUCUGCAGCCGCUGGCCGCUCUGGGCGAGACCAUCGGCUGGGCCUUCGCUCUGGAGCAGCCCGACUUCCAGAACGGCUUCAGCAUCAUCGGAGGAGUUUUCACGCGGCAGGCCGAGGUGGUCUUCCAGCCCGGGAACGAGCGGCUGACCAUCAGGCAGGAGUUCGUAGGGAUUGAUGAACACGAUCAUCUGCUGAUCAGCACCGAACUGGACGGCAGGAUCCCAGAGGUGCCACAAGGAGCCACGGUCCAGAUCGAGCCCUACACCGAGAUUUACCAGUACUCCAGCAACCUGAUCACGUCCUCGUCGCGGCGGGAUUACACCGUUAGCAUGCCGGACGGUAGCGCUCGCACACACAGCUACGUCUGGACGCAGAGCAUCAAGUUCCAGAGCUGCCCACACGAGGAGGUCCUGAGCGCUGCGCCGGCGAGCCAACAGCUCAGUGUCGACCAGAUCUUCGUCAUGUACGACUCCAGCAACCAGCUGAUCCGCUUCGCCAUGAGCAACAAGAUCGGCUCCAUCCACAGUGGGAUCCCGGAGCAGAAUCCCUGUUUCACCGGGAGACACGGGUGCGACACGAACGCCGUCUGCCGUCCCGCUCGGGGAAAAGAGUUCAGCUGCGAAUGCGCUGCUGGGUUCACCGGCGACGGACGGGUUUGUUACGAUGUUGAUGAGUGUUCAGAAAGCCCUCAGAUCUGCGGUCCGUACAGCAUCUGCAACAACCAGCCCGGAUCUUUCCGCUGUGAAUGUCUGGAUGGGUUUCAGUUCGCCGGCGACGGACGGACGUGUGUCGAGACGGAGCGUCCCGUGGAUCACUGUCAGAGAGGAACGCACGACUGCGACGCUCCCGAACGCGCUCGAUGCAUCUACACAAGAGACUCGUCUUAUGUCUGCUCGUGUCUACCGGGUUUCUCUGGAGACGGACGAAUCUGUCAGGAUAUCGAUGACUGCCAGCCGGGCCGUUGCCAUAGCGACGCCAUCUGCUACAACACACAGGGCUCCUUCACCUGUCAGUGCCGGUCUGGUUUCCACGGCGAUGGCUUCAGCUGCACACCUGGAUCCGAUGGAGAGCUGACGGCGUGUGAGCGUCACAGAGAAGCAGCCCAGGCGUCCUCGUCUUCGUCGGGCGGAUACUUCUUCUUCCGUCCGCGUCCGGCCGUCGGUCAGUACGUGCCCAGCUGUGACGCUUACGGCGCUUACGAACCCCUGCAGUGUCACGCCAGCAUCGGUCAGUGCUGGUGCGUCGACUCGUCCGGACAGGAGGUCCUCGGAUCCAGAACCGAGCCGGGCAGCAGACCCAUGUGUAUUGAUCACAAUGUGGCUCCGCCCCUCAUUGGCCCCACCCCCCGAUCUGACAUCAGUCCUCUGACUCCUGGAGCAAACCUCUUAUUCGCCCAAAGUGGCAAGAUCGAUCACAUCCCGCUGGAUGGCAACCGGAUGAUCAAAGAUGAGUCGAAGACCGUUCUGCACGUACCUGGUAAAGUGGUGAUCGCGGUGGCGUUCGACUGCGUGGAGCAGAUGAUCUACUGGUCUGAUAUCACUCAACCCUCCAUCAGCCGAGUGAAGCUGCAGGGCGGAGAAACCUCGGUCCUCAUCACUAAAGAUCUGGGCAGCCCUGAAGGAAUCGCCAUCGAUCACAUCUCCAGAAACAUGUACUGGACCGACUCCAUACUGGACCGCAUCGAGGUGUCCCGACUGGACGGCAGUCAGCGGCGCGUCAUCUUUGACAGUGACCUUAUCAAUCCGCGACCGAUCGUUGCUGACCCCGCCUCCGGAUACCUGUACUGGUCCGACUGGAGCCGAGACGGGCCCAAGAUCGAGCGCUCCGGUUUGGACGGCAGCGACAGGACGGUGCUGGUGCAGGAAGGGCUGGGGCUGCCCAAUGCUCUGACCUUUGACCCCCAGAGCAGGCAGCUCUGCUGGGCGGACGCAGGAACCCGUAAGGUGGAGUGUGUGGAUCCGUUCUCUCGUUUCAGGAGGAAACUGAUAGAAGGGAUUCAGUAUCCGUUCGCCAUCGUGUCUUACGGCAGAAACCUCUACUACACUGACUGGAGAAGGGAAGCAGUGGUUGCUAUGGACCGUCAUGAUGGGAUGGAGGUGGAGGAGUUUCUUCCUCAGAGACGUUCUCGUACAUACGGCAUCACUGUGACUUACCCACAAUGCCCUGCAGGCAUGAACUACUGCUCUCGUGAUAACGGCGGCUGCUCACAUCUCUGUCUGCCGCGGCCGGGUGGAUUCACCUGCCGCUGUCCCGAUGCCAGAGACGGCUCGUGUGUCGAGCAGGACGAGAAUUUCUGAGCUUACGUGACACUGAGACACUGAGGACUGAAGAGGGAAGGAUUUGAGUUCCUCAUUACUGAUCCGUCCACUCAGAUCAAGAUAAUCAAUACAGUAGGGAUGCACCUGAUAAAUUCAUAUCGCAUCUGCCAAUAUCAGUGUUCUUCGUCAUUGUGUCCGUCUGAUGAGACUGAUAAUAUACACAGACAAUAUCAGGGAUUCACUUUUUUCAAAGUCUUCCAACAGUAAUGAACAGUUCAGUACGGAAGCUUGUUUCCACCACGGAAUAAAAAAAUAAGAAAGGUAAUUGCGACUUUUCUCGCAGUUCUAAGUUUACAUCUAGCAAUUCUGACAUUUUUUAUCGGAGUUCAAAGUUUACUUUUCGCAAUUCUGACGUUUUUUAUUGAAAUUCAAUUUAUUUUUGCAAUUCUGAUUUUUUUUUUUUUUUUUUGGAAUUCAGAGUUUACGUUUUGCAAUUCUGGCUUUUUUUUUAUCGGAAUUCAGUUUACGUUUCAUAGUUUAGUUUUUUUUUAAAUUGGAACUCGGAGUUUACUUUUCAAAAUUCUGACUUUUCUAUCAAAAUUCUCAGUUUACCUUUUGCAAUUUUGACUUUUUUUCCCGGAAUUCUCAGUUUACUUUUUCGUAAUUCUUAUUUUUUUGUAUUGAAUUCUGUGAUUAUUUUUCACAAUUCUGACUUUAUCGUAAUUCUGAAUUUACUUUUUGCUUUUUUUUUUUUUUGAAUUCACAGUUUAACUUUCGCCAUUUUGACUUUUUUAUUGGAAUUCAGAGUUUACUUUUCAAAAUUCUGACUUUAUCGUAAUUCUGAAUUUACUUUUUGCAAUUUAAAUUGUUUUAUCGGAAUUCACAGUUUAACUUUCGCCAUUUUGACUUUUUUAUUGGAAUUUAGAGUUUACUUUUCACAAUUCUGACUUUCCCCCCCCCCUCAGAAUUCUGACUUUAUAUCAUGCAAUUCUGGUUUUGUUUUGUUUUGUUUCCGCCAUGGAAUAAAAACUUUAAAAUGGUAAUUGCGACUUUUUAGCUAAAUUGUUACUUUGUUUUGUGAGUUUAUAUCUUGCAUUUGCAAGUUAGAAACUUUCAAUUGUGAGUUUACAUCUUGAAGUUCUGACUAUUUUAUCGGAAUCCUGAGUUUCCAUCUCGCAAUUCUUUUUUUCCCACCACAGAAUAAAAAAUAUAAAAAACACAACUGCGACUUUUUAUCUCACAAUUGCAAAUUUAUACCUCACCAUUCUGAGUUUAUAAUUUGCAAUUCUUUGAAAUAUUUAUAUUUCAAAACUGUGAGAUAAAAAAAAAAUCAUAGUAGCCUUUUGUUUUUAAUCUACAGUAUAUGGCAGAAACAAGCUUCCAUAAUUCUCCAUAUUUUCUACUGCACAUUUAUAUUUUUUUAUGUAUUAUUUUACUUUUCGCAUGAAAAAUUCUAGAUUGCAUCUCUACUGUUAACCUUUUUUAAGGCAGGUAAAAUAUGAAAUAUGUAUAAUAUCAGCAGUUAUAUUGAUAAUUGUUAAUAAAAAACUGUAAGUUGUCUGUAUUAGUGUUUAACCGUCAUAACAUUUUGAUUUUUAUUUAUAUAAUGUUUAUAUAUAUAAUAACAAAUUGAUGAAAUGAAACAAUAUUUAAACACAAAUAUCCAUUUAUAAAGCUAUUUAUCAUUUUAAAUGUCUGUAUUGGUGCAUCCCUACUAAAACCACUUGAACACAUGAAUCUGAGUCCAUCUUGACAGUUUAGCUGAUAGUUAGAUAAAUAAAUAUAAUUUUUUUAUUGUAGCUGUCCUUCAGCUCUUGGGCUUCUGGGAUACAUUUAUAGGGGAGGGUUGCAUUCUGGGAUGGAUAUUAUCUGCAAUCAUUCUGAUUUAAGUAAAAUAUUACUUACUUAAUUGUAUUUUAAUCUGACAUCUUUGCCAGACGAAGAUUUUCUUUUUGUUUAUUGUAAAUAUCACAACCACAUCAUCUUUAUGGGCUCCGUAUUUCCUCUCUGGUGCUCGGGGGCCUGUUUCAGGUCGUUUUAUGUGAUGUUUACACUCAGUCCAUCUGGAUGAGAGCCUCAUAUGGAAAAUCACACUCUUUGUUUACACACCGCAUGAUGGGAAGGCGGGCCACUGUGGAAACAGCUGGACAGAGGAAGGAAGAGAGACUGUGUUUUGUACAGCUGUUCAAUUAAAACACAUUUUUU